AUGCAGGUCCCUCCAGGCAUGUCCCAGCAGGACUACUCAUUCCUCCUCAUGCUCCUCGAGCAGAAGAACAAGCAUCUGUUACGCGUCGCGCGCAAGGAGCUCGAACGGUCUGGCACAACACCGUCAGGUGCAGAGCUACAGGCUCUGGUUACCGCCAAAAGAAGGGCGGAGUCGCAGAAGCGGGUCGCUCUCAUCAUCGGCGCAUCACGAGGCAUAGGUCGACAGAUCGCUAUUGAUCUUGCACGGGAAGGCUAUGCAGUUGUCGUAGCAGCAAAGAGCACAUCGAAUGCCUCCACCACCACUCCCUUCCCGCCCGACCCCAACUCCCCCGCCUCGACCAUCUCGACCGUCGAGCGCGAGAUCCUCGAAGCCGGCGGCACCGCCACCGCAAUACCAGUCGACACGCGUGAUAUACCGUCCAUCAACCGCCUCGUAACCUUGACCACUGCUCUCUACGGCCAGCUGGACGUGCUGGUGUACAACAGCGGGGCAAUCUGGUGGUCCAGCGUAGCUAACACGCCUUUCAAGCGGUUCCAGCUGAUGCAGCAAGUCAACGUCGAAGGGCUGUACGGCGCCGUGCAAGCCGCGCUGCCGCAAUUCGAGAAGCAAGGCUGGAAAGGCCGCAUCGUCGUCGUGAGCCCGCCCAUCUACUCGCGCUUCUUCAGAGGCAAAACCGCCUACGCCAUGGGCAAAGUCGCCAUGUCCGUCUUGACCAAAGGGCUGGCUAUGGAUUUUGAACGCGAGGGGAAGCCGCACAUGGCGAUUACGGGUAUUUGGCCCGCUGUGGCGAUUCAAAGUGCUGCCACGCAGAGCGUUGAGAGUGAGAGCUUGAAAGACCUCAGGAAACCGACUAUCUUUUCCGAUGCUAUACUCGAAAUGCUAAGAAGUGAGCCUGCUCGUGUGAACGGCGCUUUGGAACUCGACGAAGACUUCCUACGAAGCAGGGGGUACACGGACGAGGAUUUCGACAAGUACAGCUUGGUUCCUGGCGCGAAGCCUCGUAGGAUCAUGCCCAAGGAAUUACCGGAUUUGACGGUGGCAGAACAGGACGACGAGGGAAAGAGGGUAGAUAGCACCAAGUUGAGGGCGGGGAAGCUUUGA